UCCAUGAUUUUAUACACAAAUCAAAACUAGAAUCUGUUCUUUUACUUCAUAAAAUCAAUCACUCGACUGUGUUUCUUGAUAUCUUUCUUUAGAUUCAAAGAAAGAGUAAAGUGGAUAAAAGCUAAUUAAAAGGGCACAGACAGAGGAUUUUGCUUUGUUUUCAAGGGUUUCUGAUGGAUUUUGGGUUCAAAAAACUAGGGUUUAUUGGAAUGCAGAAGGUUUAUUUAGUGUUUUUGGUGUUAUUGGGUUCAUGGGUUUGUUUCUGCAGUGGGUCUGUUUCAUAUGACCACAAAGCUAUCUCCAUUAAUGGCCAAAGAAAGAUUCUUAUUUCUGGAUCUAUUCAUUAUCCAAGAAGCACUCCUGAGAUGUGGCCAGAGCUUAUUCAAAAAGCAAAAGAAGGAGGGUUGGAUGUGAUUCAAACUUAUGUUUUCUGGAAUGGGCAUGAACCCCAACCUGGUCAAUAUUAUUUUCAGGAUAGGUAUGAUUUGGUGAAGUUCAUUAAGCUAAUUAAGCAAGCUGGAAUGUAUGCUCAUCUCAGAAUUGGUCCAUAUGCUUGUGCUGAAUGGAACUUUGGGGGGUUUCCUGUUUGGUUGAAAUAUGUUCCAGGAAUUAGUUUCAGAACAGAUAAUGGCCCUUUUAAGGCUGCUAUGGAAAAAUUCACAAGACACAUAGUGAAUAUGAUGAAAGCAGAAAGACUGUAUGAGACUCAAGGUGGUCCAAUUAUUUUAUCUCAGAUUGAGAAUGAAUAUGGACCAUUGGAGUAUGAACUUGGAUCACCGGCUCGAGCCUACGCAAAAUGGGCAGCUCAAAUGGCUGUGGGUCUAGGCACCGGGGUUCCAUGGGUCAUGUGCAAACAAGAUGAUGCCCCUGACCCAGUUAUCAACACUUGUAAUGGUUUUUACUGUGACUAUUUCUCUCCCAAUAAGAACUACAAACCCAAAAUGUGGACUGAAGCUUGGACAGGAUGGUUUACUGAGUUUGGGGGCGCGGUUCCUUACAGACCAGCUGAAGACUUGGCUUAUUCGGUUGCUAAGUUCAUUCAGGGUGGUGGAUCUUUUAUUAAUUACUAUAUGUAUCACGGAGGAACCAAUUUUGGUCGGACUGCAGGUGGCCCGUUUAUUGCCACAAGCUAUGACUAUGAUGCCCCUCUUGAUGAAUUUGGACUAAAACGGGAAGCGAAGUGGGGACAUCUUAAAGAUUUGCAUAGAGCGAUAAAACUAUGUGAACCCGCGUUAGUAAAUGGCGAUCCCGCUGUUAUCACACUUGGAAACUAUCAAAAGGCAUACGUUUACAAAUACAAAGCUGGAGGCUGCGCUGCUUUCCUUUCAAAUAACAACAGAGCGGCUUACGCAACAGUGAACUUCAGGAACCAACGUUACAAUUUGCCACCUUGGUCGAUCAGUAUCCUCCCGGACUGCAAGAACACUGUUUACAAUACGGCAAGGGUGGGUGCACAGACAGCGCUGAUGAAGAUGACCCCCGAGGGGAACGGAUUUGCUUGGCAGUCAUACAACGAUCAAACCGAAUCAUAUGACGACAACGCGUUUACAACAGUCGGGUUACUGGAGCAACUUAACGUCACUAGAGAUUCUUCGGAUUAUUUGUGGUACAUGACAGAUGUCAAGAUUGGAUCCAACGAGGGGUUCGUGAGAAGUGGGAAGUGGCCGACACUUACGAUCCAAUCUGCUGGUCAUGCUUUGCAUGUUUUCAUCAAUGGCCAACUAUCAGGAACCGUCUAUGGAAGUCAAUCAAAUCCAAAAGUAACUUUUAGUAAGCCGGUAAAUCUAAGACCUGGUCUGAACAAGAUUUCGCUACUAAGUGCUGCAGUUGGUCUCCCGAAUAUCGGUAAGCAUUUUGAGACAUGGAAUACUGGUGUUCUUGGUCCGGUCACACUCUAUGGUCUCAACGAAGGAAAGAGAGACUUGACAUGGCAAAAAUGGUCUUAUAAGGUUGGGCUUAAAGGCGAAAUUCUAAGUCUUCACUCGCUUAUGGGUAGUUCAUCCGUUGAGUGGAUUCAAGGUUCGUUUGUGUCUCAACGACAACCAUUGACAUGGUAUAAGACUAUCUUCAAUGCUCCGGGUGGGAACGAACCUUUGGCUUUGGACAUGAGUAGUAUGGGCAAAGGUCAAAUAUGGAUAAACGGGCAAAGCGUUGGACGUCAUUGGCCCGCAUACAAGGCGUCGGGUUCUUGUAGCACUUGUAGUUACGCCGGCUAUUUUAGCGAGAAAAGAUGCCUAAGUAAUUGCGGUGAAGCUUCGCAAAAAUGGUAUCACGUGCCGCGGUCAUGGCUUAAACCCAGGGGAAACUUGUUGGUCGUUUUUGAAGAAUUGGGAGGAAUCCCGUAUGGGAUAUCAUUGGUGAAAAGAGCGGUUUAUAGCGUGUGUGCCGAUAUAUACGAAUGGCAACCUUCAUUGAUGAAUUAUGAAAUGCAAGCUUCCGGUAAAGUCACGAAACCCCUAAGGCCGAAAGCGCAUCUUUCGUGCAGCCCAGGCCAGAAGAUAUCGUCCAUUAAAUUUGCUAGUUUUGGCACGCCGCUCGGGGGUUGUGGUAGCUACCGCGAGGGUAGUUGUCAUGCCCAUAACUCGUAUGACGCCUUCAAUAAGUUAUGCAUUGGACAACAAUCAUGCACAGUACCUGUAACACCUGAAAUAUUUGGAGGUGAUCCAUGCCCAAAAGUAAUGAAGAAGCUUUCAGUUGAAGCCAUUUGCAGUUGAUGAUGAUGAUCUCAAAAUUGGGUUUUUAAUUUUUAUAUUUAAAAUUUUACGAAGAUCGCCAUGACCAAAUGACGGGUUUUUGCCGAAGGUGAAGUUGUACAGAUAUGCAACACACCGAUGUGGUUCAAAAGCAUCGUUGUUAUGUAUACGGAACAUUAAAGAUUGGUGUAUAUAUAAAGUUCGUCUGCUUGCGAAUUGUUAUUUAAGCGGGUCGAGACUCGAAAUUUGAGUCCACGAGCUUAUUAUUGUCGUUUUCGUCUUUGUUUUCGUUAUUCGUAGUGAAAUGUUAAAGCUUCUGGCUUUCAUGUCUUUUGUCAAUGUAAAACACACACUUGAAGAUUGUAAUAUUUCAUCAAAUUUAUGC